AUGGCUGCCAACAACGAGCAGUUCUAUUUGCGUUACUACUCUGGGCACAACGGGAGGUUCGGGCAUGAAUUUCUCGAAUUCGAUUUCCGUGUGCUCGGGGAUGGCCGCAGCGCUACGGCUCGAUAUGCCAACAACUCGAAUUAUCGUAAUGACUCUUUGAUACGCAAGGAAAUGUGCGUGAGCUCUCUCAUGAUCAAAGAGAUCAAACGUAUAAUUAAAGAGAGUGAAAUUAUGAAAGAAGACGACGCGAAAUGGCCCCCAAAGAACAAGGAUGGUCGUCAAGAACUCGAGAUUCGUCUCGGAAAUGAACACAUCUCAUUCGAGACUGCCAAAAUUGGUUCACUGGUAGACGUUCAAGAGUCUGCUGAUCCUGAAGGUCUUCGUGUCUUUUACUACCUCGUACAGGACCUGAAAGCACUUGUUUUCUCACUUAUUGCUCUCCACUUUAAGAUUAAACCGAUUUAG